AACAAAAUCAUCAGAGAAAAUAAACAAAAAAAAAAAAAAAAAAAGAAUCAAAGAUAUAAUCGGGGAAUGUUGAUCCGACGGCUCACAUCACUUUCGAUCUACGCUGUUUUAUUCGAGUUUAAUGUCUGUUUUGCCCCCCAAACCUUUUGGGGAAACGACAGAUUAGAAAUUGGACCUUGAGGUUCGAAAGCCCAUGUUCGAAAACAGCCCAAUAACUAAGAUAAUGCUUGGUCCAAUUGACCCGGCUUCUACGGCAAUUUUUCUUGGAUGGUUCAAAAUAUUAUUGAAUCUUGGCCCACGAGGCCCAACAAAGACCUUGAGACAUCAACUUCAACCCACGAACCAAAAAUGAAUCUCAAAUAUAUUGGAUAUUUAUUGUGGGCGUCACAUGCACGCAACGUCUUUGAACAAUUCAACCUUCCAAAGAUAAAAUAAUCCCGUUGGCCAAUUUCUCUCUACAAUUUUCCAAAAAUAAAAUAAUGCCGUUGGCCAAUUUCUCUCUUCAGUUUUCUUCUUCACUCUCCGUCCAAUCUCCAAACCCUAAUUUCUAAAAUGCAAUUCCGAUCCACAAGUUAUCUUACUACCUCGUUCUCCUUUGUGCUGGGGACCUUCAUUCUCUUAUCUUACAUGUCUUGGAGCACCGGAGUCAUGGGAGGUCGCCGAUUUUGACGUAGUCACGAGUCGAUUGAUGCUCCCUUCUUCACCCCCUAAGAAGAAUUCCAAAUCCUUGGACUACACUCUUGCCGAUGCUGCUCCUUCGUAUCAUUUUUCAUCCGCUUCGUUGCUUCGGCUUCUUCUGCUCUCGAUAGGGUUUCCGAGGAUGCUAUCAAUCCGGUUGAUCAGUUCCUUCGUGAGGAGGCUUUGCACAACCCUGGCGAGCGUCUAUAUCAAUUAUAUGGUAGAAAAGAAUAGAAAACUGCACAAUCAGCUUAACCUUUAUGCUUCAAGUGCUUCACAUAUUGAUGUGAACUCGGGAAAUCAAAUAUUUUUGACCCUGGUAGUCAAUGUGGAUCUCAUUUCUCGGUUUCUAGGGUUUCGUUACCAACUUGCAAGAGAUGGCAUGAUCAGAAAAUAUUGGCCAUCUCUUGUUGCUGUACAUAGUGAUUCCUGUGGCUAUCUCUUGGUUGCUCUCUGUGGCUUUCAAUUUUGGAGCAAGGCUUGACCAAAUCAAAAGGUAAAACUGUUCCUCUUUCGAAUUUUUGCUUGCGAGCUUUAGGUUAGGUUAUGUUAAAUGCAAUUCUUUUUAGUCCUGCAUUUAUGUGAACUUUAUAGGUAAUGCCAAUUUACUUUUCUAAUGUAUCUUUUGACAUCAUUAUCAAAUACUCUUUCCGACA